AUGGCCUCUUCACCAUCAAGGCUUUGCACUCUUUGCGAUGCCAUGUUCAAAGGCAAGCUUCCGGAUAUCGACCAGUGGCUCCCGCAUCACAACAGAGUGGAUAUACUGGCUGCGUCUGAUCGUGGCUGCUUUAUUUGCACGAGUAUUGUGAAAAGCCGUUCCUGGGACAAUGUACCUCAACAGUCCUUGGAGAAGUUUGAGUACAGCCUUUUCUACAAAAGAAAAGAAUCGGGACUUGACUUUAAUUUACUUUAUAUUCGUCCAUCGCCAGGUGCUGAAGGCUGGGCCUUUCAAAUCGAAAUAUUGGAAGAGAGAAAUCGACCAGGUUCUUUUAGCACUCCACCAACGGAUCCUUUUGACUCUGAAUUGCCUCAAAGGUGGAUGCAAGAGUGCACUGACAGUCACGAACUAUGCCAGAGGGGUGAUUUGUCAUAUCGCCCAACGAGAUUGUUGGAGAUUAUUGACUCUAAGCGGCUUCGACUUGUCGAGACUUGCAAAAGAUCGACCGGACCUUACGCAUCUUUAUCCCACUGCUGGGGUAACCAGGAGAUGAUGACGCUCAAAGCCAAUAAUCUGACCCAACUUUGUGACGUGAUUCAAGUGGCAGAUCUGCCCAAGAAAUACCAGGAGGCUAUUUCCUGGUCGUCUCGUCUGGGAAUUCGCUUCAUCUGGAUUGACUCUCUUUGCAUUAUCCAGGAUGACAAAGACGACUGGGAGUAUGAGGCUGUGAGUAUGAAAAAGGUCUAUGGUUGUUCUCUACUCAACAUAUGCUCCGCUGCAGCCAGCAAUAGCAACGGUGUAAGCUUCCAGGGAAGGGAUCCUAGUAUAAUGGAGUGUCUGUCAUUGACCUCCUCCUGGGAUGGCGAGACAGACAUAAACCUCAAACUUGAAUACCAUGUCUUCUACGAGGAUAUUAUGGACUCCCCAUUGAGGGGGAGGGCCUGGGUCUUUCAAGAAUGGUACCUUUCGCCUCGAUCUCUUAUCCUCAGCCAUAGCCAACUAUGGUGGCACUGCCGACAGAAUGUAGCUUGCGAAAGAUAUUCAGAAUAUUACCCAAUGGCACGAGACUUCCAAGGCAUGAAAAGCAAUCAGCUGAUCCCCGAAUCCAUAUAUCAAUCGGUCAAGACCUGGGACACGCAUGUUCAAAAGUAUGUUAGCACCACUUUGACCAAUGAAACGGACCGGCUCAUUGCAUUUGCUGGAGUUGCACAAGACUUUUACCAAACUCAAAGGAUUUCUGACCAGUAUCUCGCUGGUCUAUGGCGAUCACAUUUACCUCCGGCUUUGUGUUGGGGGGUUCAUAAUGAUUUCACCAGAUCAAAACGAACGUCCCAUUACACUGGCCCCUCUUGGUCAUGGGCUUCCAUGUUAGGUCCCAUUUGGCUAGCGGGCAUUAUGCCUUUUACAAACGACACAGUUGCCUCGGUCGAAUCAGUCUGGCUCAAACAUGCUGUUGAAGGCCACAGUACAGGUGUUGUUCAAGGGGGAUAUAUUAAGCUUCGCGGACAUCUCAUCGGGCCACUUACCUUGGAACAUCAAGAUAUGCCAAAGAUCAACUCCAAAGGUCUUAUUGAAGCCGACGAUCCUACAACAUACCUGCCAAAGGUUACUAACGGCGGUAAUUUUGACACCUGGGGUGGUGUGCUAUACCCCGAUGAAAUGACACAAGACACCUCCGAUAAACUAGUCCCUCUCUUAUCCUACUUAGACAAUCUCAUCCCAGGUCUGUGUGAACAGGGUAUAGUCGAUAACUCAUCUAGAAAGAUCGAGCGAUUAGGUGAAGCCAAGGGGCGAUACUUUUGCUUACCUGUUGUGCGAGAUGAGUGUUGGUUCAAGAACGGGCGUUUCCUAUAUGAUGAUACGUUUGAGACUCUUUACUGUCUGGCUCUUUUCCAACCUACACACCAGCAUACCGUUUUUCAUCGUAUCGGUACUAUAAGGUUUGAGAAGAAAAUACCAAACGACCAAUUCAAAGGUAUUUACACUAAAAAGACGAUUACAAUCUUGUAA